AUGGAUAAGUUAGGAUCAAUGAAGCCUGGUCAUCUGAACAUGCGAUCUCUCAUGUCCGACUUUGCUGCAAUUAUUGACCUGAUCCAGACUGAGCGGUUCAGUAUUUUCGCUGUAAGUGAAACAUGGUUGUGCCAAGACAUUACCAAUGAUGCGGUGAGUAUCAAUAAUUACAAUCUGUUCCGUAGUACAGAGUAUCCCGCGGUGGCGGAGUAG